GUAGUGUCGUUAUCGUCUUCAACAAUUAUUGUGGAUUAUUAUCUCAUAAAAACUAAGUGACUGAUAUAAGAAUGUUCGAUAUUUUAGUAGUGAGUUUAGUACUUUUGUCAAUAUACUAUUACUAUAAAACUAAAGAAAAAAAACAAUAUAAAAACUUCUACAAGCUAGGAACACCCACUUGGUACCCGAUAAUAGGAAAUGCAUAUAUUUUAUUAGGAAGAAAUAUUUUAAAGGCUGUGCAGUACGCAUUUCAAACAUGGGGUAACCCUAUGUAUCUUUACAUACCUUAUAGGACCUUCAUGACAGCAAAAGUUGAAGAUAUAAAAAUUAUACUUAAUCACCCUAGCUCUAUGGAAAAAAGUCGGGAAUAUAAUCAUUUAAGGGGGUUUGUAGGAAAAAGCCUACUCAUUGAAAAAGUGCCCAGGUGGAAAAAAAAUAGGAGAAUAAUCUCAAGAAGUUUUAAACAAACAAUCUUGGAUGAAUUUAUGGAUACAUUUUAUAAUAAAACUUGCACCUUGGUGGACCUUAUAAAAAAAGAAAGAUAUAGCAAUAACGACGUCAUACAUUUGUUUGGAAAAUUUACACUUGACACAUUUUGUGAGGCCACAUUGGGAAUUGAAUCAACCAUUUUAGAAGAUACUAAAGAACAUAUGUUUGUUACAGCUAUAAGAGAACUUCAACAAAUAGCAUUUAAUAGAAUUGGUAAUUUAAUAAAAAUGAAUGACUUUUUGUAUCAAUUUGUAUCGGAUUGUAAACUAUUAAAUUUUUACGAUAAUAAUGCCAAAAAACAUGUUAGACAGAUCAUGACUACGAAGCAUGAUCUUCGAACAAAACAUUCAGACGCAAUGAUAGAUGUUCACAGACUGCCAGUUUUGGAUUUAUUAUUACAAGUUGCUGAUAAGGAAAGUCUUACUGACGAGUACAUCGCAGAAGAAAUGGUAUUAUUUGCUGGAGCCGCCACCGAUACAACUGCUUAUACCCUGACCUAUAUAAGUAUAUUAUUGGGGAUUAAUCAAGAUGUUCAGCAAAAAGUUUACGAAGAAGUUAUCAGCGUAGUAGGUCCUAAUAUGGUAAUUGGCAGUAGUCAUCUGGGCGAUCUAAAAUACACGGAAAUGGUCAUAUCGGAAUCGCAGAGAUUGGCACCGGCAAUCCCAAUGGCUGGAAGAUAUGCCACUGCUGACAUUGAUUUAGGUCACUCCAUAAUUCCUGCAAAUACCAGUAUAAUUAUGAGUUUUAUGGAACUUCAUAGAAAUCCAGAUAUUUGGCCAAAACCUUUGGAAUUUAACCCCGACAGGUUUUUGCCAGAGGAAGUGGCUAAACGACCUCAGUAUUCGUUCGUACCAUUUUCUGGCGGACCCAGAAACUGCAUAGGUUUGAAAUAUGCCAUGAUGGUUAUGAAAACUACAGUCGCUAACCUAGUAAGGAAUUUCCAUAUAACUAGUGGUCACAAAUCGAUCCAUGAACUUGACUUCGAAUCCAGUAUUGUUAUGAUUCCAACAAGACCCUUAGACGUUCACUUUACUCCGAGAUAAAUUAUAUUAUAUGUUUUUUGUUAAACCUAUUUAUGUGCAUAUUAUAUAAGAUUUAAAAAACUAAAAAAUU